UCUGAAUUAUUUUAAUGUAUUGAGUAAAACACAGAGUGGGUGAGAAGCGUAGUGGAAACUGUUUUAAAAAAGGUCGGCAGAGCGGCGCUAACGCGCUCAUGUUACGCUAGCAGGAGUUUGCAUCUAGUUCGACAACUCUGAAAAAACGGUGGCGACCGUGAACACAGCUUGAAUGAACCACGCUGCACUUCUCGCGGGAAACUACAACAGAGGAAAAACUAAAAAGACGCUGCAUCUUUUCAUGAGCACACCAAUAGCAGAGCCUACUGUUAUGGAAAAGUUUCUGCUUCAGGGACAGAAAAAACAUCUGUGCACUAGUGGGCCUAACGUCCAACGAAGAAGUCCUAGAAAAAAAAUUAAACUUGAAGAAAAGGGCAUUAAACAGGAAAAUGAAGAUCCUGCGUUAGAAGAGUUCUCUCAUCCUAUUCCUUGGCAAAAAAUUGAGGCAGAGGGACUAGACUGUGAUUAUGCAAUGCUCUUCCCAAAAGGGGAAGCAGAUGACCUAUUCAGCCAGCUGGAGGAGGAGGUGGUGUACUCAACAGGAGAAGAAUCAAAGGUCCAAGUGUUUGGAAAGAUGUACAAUAUACCCAGAAAACAAGCAGCAUAUGGAGACAAAGGUCUAGAGUAUACUUAUUCUGGGGUAACACGUCUAGCAUGUUCAUGGACUCCAACCUUAGAAUAUAUCAGAGACUCGGUCACAACAGCAACAGGCCAGACAUUCAACUUCGUCCUGAUCAACAGGUACAAAGAUGGACAGGACCACAUGGGGGAGCAUCGUGAUGACGAGCAUGAGCUUGACCCUUCUUGUCCCAUCGCCUCAGUCUCCUUAGGAGCAGCUCGAGACUUUGUCUUCAGACACAGGGACGCUCGAGGAAAACACAGCAGCCGACAUAUUGAGCCUGUGAAGCUGGAGCUCGCUCAUGGAAGUCUGCUCCUGAUGAACCCACCGACCAACACCUUUUGGUACCACAGUGUUCCGGUUCGGAGGAAGGUCCUCUCCUCUCGCAUCAACCUCACCUUUAGACGGAUCGUACUGGACACUAGUUUAAAAACAUGCCAAGACAGUCUGUAAAUUAGGAGUUGGACCAGUUUUCAGAACUUUAGGGCAAAGUAAAAAUGUGUUUAUAUGUAUCAGCUGAAAGACUGAGAAAACACGGUGGAGUCAGUGAAGAUGGAUAAAUCAGGUUUUGAAGGAUAAGUGACAAGAUUUACUUAAAGCUUAUUUUAAGAAUAAAUGAUUAAAA